CAUCCAAUCAUUUGCUUUUUCCAUUUAUUCUUUAAAGUGGCUGCUCUUCUCUGUUAUUUGUUUUUGACGAUUUUUACUGAUAACUUUGUACUAGUAUUUGUUCUAGUUGUACUUUUACUUUCAUUUGAUUUUUGGACAGUUAAAAACGUUACAGGAAGAAUUCUUGUUGCUCUUAGAUGGUGGAAUGACAUUAAGGACGAUGGAACAAGUGUUUGGAGAUUUGAAAACAAAUCCGACUCGAAGAAUAUUCACAAGUUGGAUAAGUAUAUUUUCUGGACAUCACUCUAUGCUCAGCCAGUAAUUUGGAUCUUACUUUCACUUGUGUGCUUUAUUAGAUUUAAUUUCCAAUGGAUUAUUGUUGUACUUUUUGCAUUGGUUCUGACAUGUAUUCAACUCUAUGGAUUCGUCAAGUGUUCUAGA